UGCAUUUGGAGAUGCAGAUAUGAAAUCUAGAGCAGAAAGGUUUUUGAGCAGUAUCACAAACGCAAUGGAAAUGGUUCUGAGAUGCAGUGUAGAGGUUAGAAUCAUCCUUUUGCCAGAUAGCGAGGCUUCUAUAAAUGGUGUGAAGCUGGUUGAGUUACCAGAAGGUCUGAAGAAGGCAGAAACAGCUGUAGCAACUGACUGGGAAAAGAAGGCAGUUCACAAAAACACAAUAAAUGGUUUUUCUAAUUGUUCUCGAUUGCUUGAUGAAACCUAUCGAUCUACCUCUGGUUCAUCAGACUUAAUGGCUGAUGGAAAUGUUCAAACCAGUGAUAUGAGAGAGAGAAGACAGGAGAUUCCAAUGCAGAGAAUAGAGUCCAUUAUUCGUGAGCAAAGGCUAGAAACUGCCUGGUUGCAGACUGCAGAAAAAGGCACACCCGGAUCAUUGAGUCGUUUGAAACCGGAGAAGAAUCAAGUCCUGCCUCAAGAUGGCAUUUAUUGUCAAGAUCAGAUGGAGUCCUUGAACACAACGGCGUACUCCUCUCAGCAUUGGGAAGAUGAAUUAAAUCAUGAACUCAAAGUUUUGAAGAUUAACAAUGGAAGUGUCCUCCAGAAGGACCAAAAUGGUCGAAGGCUUGAUCGUUUUCCCAUGUCCCCAAGUUUUUUGCAUGAUAAAAGUUUAGUGGGAAAUUCCAAUAAAGAUAACCGGGGAUAUGAAUCAGGGUCAGGAACUGGAGGUUGUAGUGGACUUUUCUGUUGGAAUAACACCAAACCUCAUAAGAGGGAAAGGGUUAAAGGGACCUCAGCUCGACCACACAAAGGUGGACGGUUUUCAUUGUUUGGUGAUUGCAGUAGGCCAAAGAAAACAGAGAGCAGAUCUAGAAGUUAAAUGGGAGAAUUCAUAUUUUGGAUUUUCUGAUAUACUCUUGGUUUUCACUCCAUAUUUUUCUGUAUUUAGUUCUACAGUUGAGCCAUUCUUCAAGGAUGGGAGCGAGAAGGAAACAUGGUAUGUAAAGGUUAUGUGGUUGGCUUCUGCAUAUUCUUAGGUCCAUCCUGAUACUAUGCGAUCAAUAAAGGAAAGGGGCAUUGGAUGUGAAGUUAUUACUCUUGUUUCGCCCUUUUUGGUCUGCUGCUCAGUUCUAGUUGCAGAUGUUAAGUUAUCAUUCAAAGUGGGAGUGUCACUUGCUAAAUCCAGUGGUAAUUGACUUAUUGAAUAAUGAGUAGCUGAUUUUUAUAAUUAUUUUUAUGGGACACAGGGUGGGGAGAAUUGUAACAUGUAUUCUAAAGCCCUCUUAGGCUUCGGAGAAAAUCAUACAAGGUGAGGAGAUUGGUCU